UCAAUAGGGUUCCAUAGCCGAUGGCAUCAUUUUGACCAAAUUCCAGGGUCCCUUUAUCAAAGACCCUUCUCUAGUUUUUCCUUUUUUUCUCCCUUUUGAGUGGUUUUGUUGCAGACAUGGCCGUGGAGCUUAUGAUGAGUCACAGGAACAGAAACAGCUUCACAGUCAAAAUGGAAGAAAACGCAGUCCAAAAAGCAGCUUCUGGGAUUGAAAGCGUUGAAAAACUCGUCAAAUUAUUUUCUCAGACUCAACGGCAACUAAAUGAUAAUAGUAAUCAAGAAAAAUAUCAGUCUUCUCCAAUCUCAACAAGAUCGUUCCUGGAUUUAGAAAUGGACUGCAAAGCUGAAGCAGACGUUGCUGUUUCGAAGUUCAAGAAAGCUAUCUCUCUUCUGGGUCGAACCAGAACUGGACAUGCUCGUUUCCGAAGAGCUCCUGUAACAGUACCCCCUACUGGUACAAACACAACUAUUUCUCCUCCAGGUAACCAAAACCAAGCGAAUCAAGAGCAUGAAACUAAGGUUCAUUACGCAACGCCGAUCCAGCAGUUUCCACCAGCGGUUACGUGUCAUCCUCAUCAUCAUGAUUUUUUGACGAUGACAAAUGGGGGUUUAGAGAGGAAAGAUUCAUCAACAACCAUUAAUUUUUCAUGUUAUUCUGCUGGGAAUUCGUUUAUGUCAUCCUUGACAGGGGAUACUGAUAGCAAGCAGCCAUCUUCAUCAUCUGCGUUUCAAAUUACUAAUCGUUCUCUGGUUUCCUCGGCUGGGAAGCCUCCUUUGUCUUCUUCUUCUUUAAAGAGAAAGUGUAACUCUGAGAACUUGGGUUCUGGCAAGUGUAGUGGCACUUCCGGUCGCUGCCAUUGCUCGAAGAAAAGAAAGCUGAGAUUGAAAAGGGUUGUAAGGGUUCCAGCAAUAAGCCUGAAGAUGUCUGAUAUUCCACCAGAUGACUACUCAUGGAGGAAGUACGGUCAAAAACCAAUCAAGGGUUCUCCACAUCCAAGGGGUUACUAUAAGUGCAGCAGCUUGAGAGGAUGUCCAGCUCGCAAACAUGUGGAAAAAGCUUUAGAUGAUCCAUCAAUGCUAAUAGUUACCUAUGCAGGCGAGCAUAACCAUUCUCCCUCUGUUGCAGAAACCACCAAGCACAUCCUGGAACCUUCCUAAACGAAGAACAUUCCACUAAUUCAACAAAAUCCCUGAUUCAGUUUCAUCCCCACUUCUCAACAUGUGACUAUGUGUAGGAUGAACAGUUUGCAGCAAAAAAGUAGCACUAUUAUCAAUCUGCUCGAGCUAAUCUCGAAGGAUAUUAUUAGUGGGUUCGUUCAUCCUUCCCGUUUCUUCAACCAUUAGAAGAAAGAAAGGGAAUGGUGGAUUUGGUAUUUUAGAUUUUAGAAUUAUAAAAGAAAGAAAAUGCUGUUCAAUCUCAUUCCAAUUUCCAUGCCAUCUUUUGUUUGCUUUGAUCUUUUCUUUUGGUUCUCGUUUCUAGAUAUUCCUAUUCUUUACUUUAAUUUUCUAUUUCUUACGUCUGUGAAGCAAAUUUUCUCGAUUUAAACAGUAAUAAAGGCAAAAAAGAAAGUAAAAGAAAAGGACUCGGUCAAACAAUUGGAAAGAUGAGGGCAAUAAUUCAUGUUAGGAACGGCUGACUA